AUGGACUUCGAUGACAUUGCCGACCGCAUGGUUGCCCCAAUACCAAGCAUGAUCACGGAUGUGAGAGAAGAAGUUGGCUGUGAAACCAACAAAAUCCAAACCCAAGAGGUCACCGGGCCAGCUAACGGAUUCAUCGAUACCGACAGCGCGCCGAAGCCCCAUGCCAUGGAAGUCGAUCCCUUUGACACUAGUUCCACUUCUAUCGAACCUCAUGCUGGUCCACGGCCUGCCUCAAGCACAGAAGUGAUGAAUGGCAAAGAAGCCGCACUUUUCAGCAAUCUUGUGGCGACCAAGACGUCUGCUAAGAAGAUGGGCAAAAGCAAGGCUCUAAAGGCUGCGAAUAACAAGAUCAUUGACAAUCGUGUCACCAAGCAAAAGCCAACUACUUCCGGAACGAACUUCCAGAGAGUUACGAGAGCUUCCGCUGCUGCGGGAAUCGAGGUCCGUCACGUAGAGGGAAUAGGAGUUGGCAACUCUGCCGUUACCAACGAAGAACCCGGCGAGCCCGUUGGAGAUGGAGCAGAGGCUGAAGAGCCAUUCGUUACUGAAGCAAAUACUGUCGAACCACCGUUGAUAUCGCAGAGUCCGAGGAGUCUGUUGGCAUCGACGUAG